AUGGGGAAUCAGAGUGGUUUGGGGCUCCAUCUCAUUUUCAUAUGUGUCUUUUUGGUUGCAACCUCUUGUACUUGUUUGGGUUUUAGAAAUAAGAGUGGCAUUUGCUCUAUGCAAGAGAGCCUUGCUCUUCUCAAGUUCAAACAAAGUGUCAGAGAUGAGUAUGGAAUGUUAUCAUCAUGGGUUGGCAAUGACUGUUGCAUGUGGGAAGGAAUCCACUGUGACAAAGUCACUGGAAAUGUGGAGGGCCUAAAUCUCAGAGCAUCUUUUUCUUACACUUUUGAUGAACGCUACUCUGAAUUUGUUGGUGAAGCCUACUUAGCUGGUAAUGAGGCGAACUCUUCUUUGGCGGAGUUGAGGCAUCUCAAAUACUUAGACUUGAGUGGGAAUUAUUUUGAAGGAAGCCAGAUCCCUGAGUUCAUUGGAUCCUUCAAACACUUGACCUACCUCAAUCUCUCUCAUGCUUGUUUUGAAGGUAUUAUUUCUCAUCACAUUGGAAAUCUUUCUAAUUUAAAGGUUCUUGAUCUCAGUUCAAACCAAAAUAUGAUGGCUGACAAUAUGGUGUGGACUGUGGGCCUUUCAUCACUGGAGCAUCUCGACUUGAGUAAGGUGAAUCUUAGUGGAACACAUAACAUUGACAUGGUGCUUUACAUGAUUCCUUCUUUAAAAGUGUUAAGUUUGUCAUAUUGUGGACUUUCCAAUUCUGAUCUUGGUGCUUCUCAUAAUUUUAGUAGAAUACUUCCCAACAUCAAACGCUUGGAUCUUAGCUUCAAUUCUCUCCAAGGUCCACUCCCUGAUUUUUUUCUAAACAUGACAUCCUUAGCAUUCCUAGAUCUUUCAGGCUAUAAUAUUAGUUUGGCAUGGAACUUUGCAAAGUUGCUAAGCAUGAUCCCUUCUUUAUCAGUGCUGCAUUUGUCAUUUUGUAGGCUCGAUAAUACACAUCUAUCUUCUCCUCAUCUUAAUUUAAGUACACUGUCUAACACCCAACAUCUGGAUCUUAGAGAUAAUUCAAUUUCUGGCAUGUUUCCAUCUAUUUUAACAAACAUGAGUUCUCUAAGAGUCCUUGACCUUUCGGAAAACAUGCUGAAUUCAUCGGUUCCUAUUAUGCCUAACCUUCUAGAGCUUUAUCUUUCUUUUAACGAGUUUAAGCAUAUUGAGCCUCUUGGAAUCUGGAGACAGUGUUACCUGAAACAAUUGAUUGCUGCAGGCAAUGAUUGUGAUAUAGAAUUGAUUGACUCACCAAAAAACAUGUCAGAAUGUUCUCAAUAUUCUUUGGAGAUGUUGGAUUUACGUUGGAGUUCAAAUGGUACAAUUCCAGAAGGACUUGGAAGACUGACCAAUUUAAGAGGCUUACUCAUAUCUGAAAGCAAAUUGACGGGUGUAAUCCCGAAAUCUCUUGGAAGAUUAAGGCGUACCAAUCUCCACUAUUUGGAUAUUUCUGACAAUUCUUUAAAAGGUGUAGUGUUUGAAGCUCAUUUCGCUAACCUUUCGAUGUUGAAGCGCUUGGCUGCUUCUUCCAACACUAAGCUGACAUUCAAUUUUUCACGUGACUGGAUACCUCCAUUCCAAUUGCUAAUUCUUCGACUCGGUUCUUGCAUUGUUGGAAAUGGAUUUCCGAAGUGGCUUCAAAAUCAAAGGAAACUUGGGGUGUGUCUUGAGAAUCUGCAAAAUUUAAAUGCCUUGAUACUUAGCUCAAAUCGGUUGUCUGGUGUCAUUCCAAGUUUUAUAUCAUUAUAUCGGUUACAUUUGAAUGGCAAUAACUUUACUGGGGAACUUCCUCGAGAGAUCAUGAAUUUUCAAAGUUUAGCUGUCUUAGAUUUGGGUGACAAUAAUUUUGAUGGAAAUAUACCAGAAUGGAUCGGAGAAAAACUUAAUCCGAUGGUUUUGAGGUUACACAGAAAUAACUUCAGCGGAAGAAUUCCUCGAUCUUUUUGCAGACUUUCAAAUCUUCAAAUUUUGGAUGUUGCACACAACAGCUUAACAGGAACAAUCCCUCGUUGUCUUGGACAGUUGAGUGGCAUGGUUAACCGUAACCCAAAUUGGUGUCUCAUCUCACCGGAUUCUGAUGAGAAUGUGAUUCAGGUCAUGAAAGGUGUAGAUGUUGAGUAUACAAGGACUUGGGAUCUUGUUCUUAACAUGGACCUUUCAAGCAAUAAACUUGUUGGAAAAAUUCCGGUUGAGCUAACUCGGCUUUCUAUGUUGAUGGGUCUCAAUUUGUCUAAUAAUCUUCUCAGUGGGGGACGAAUUCCAACCGAACAUCAAUUGCAGACCCUUGCAGAUCCAUCAAUAUAUGUUGGGAACAAAGAUCUAUAUGGACCUCCAUUGCCAAACAAUUGCUCAUAUUAUGAAGACUAUACAACAAGCAAGAAGAGAUAUGAAGAAGGUGAAGAGCCGAAAAAGGUUUGGUUAUACGUGGAUAUAAUGAGUGGUUUUGUGACAGGGUUUUGGGGUAUUAUUGGAGUUUUGUUGCUCAAGAAGCAAUGGAGAAGGAAGCUUUUUAUGUUUGCUGAGGAGACCAUAGACAAGAUAUACAUUGGAGUCGUGGUUAGAGUUGCCAUGAUGAAGAGAGGAAGAGAAGCUCCAUAG